AUGCUGGGGCGGGAGUCCCCAGCGAAUACAGAGGGCAAAGACGGACCCACAGUAACCAAACAGGAGCCCAGCAGACGGGCUGCCCGAUUGUCAGCGAAACCUGCUGACAAACCUGGACCUAAUCGGAGGAAAACAUCGAAGAAAGGAGCUGGACUGCAGAUUAACAAAGGUGCCCAGUGGGGGAAGGACGAUCAGCAAGAAGCUGGAGAGAAAAGUACUGCCCCAGCUGAGAAUGGGGACACUGAAGCCUUAGAGGUACUUCCCGGGAAUACCUCCCGCUGCUGGAAUCUGCGCCUGAACCGUUGUCCCGCCCUUUUACCCCAGAUAAUAGCAGAAAAUCCAAAUGCUCUUUUCUAA